AUGGCCGACGAAGGCGUCGCCGAACAUUAUCAGGUCUUGGAGGAGCUUGGUCGUGGUAGCUUUGGAGUCGUUUACAAGGCCAUUGAGAAGGCCACCGGCGAGACCGUCGCCAUUAAACAUAUUGAUCUCGAGUCAAGCGAAGAUGACAUCCAGGAGAUUCAAGGCGAGAUCGCAGUGCUCAGCACUUGCGCAAGCUCAUUUGUCACCCAAUACAAGGGCAGCUUCCUUCGCGGUCACAAGCUCUGGAUCGUAAUGGAGUAUCUUGGCGGUGGCUCAUGUCUGGACCUGCUCAAACCGGCCAACUUCGCCGAGGUCCACAUUGCCAUCAUCUGCCGAGAGCUUCUCCGUGGUCUCGAGUACUUGCAUGCCGAAGGCAAGAUUCACCGAGAUAUCAAGGCUGCCAACGUCCUGCUCUCCGAGUCAGGCAAGGUCAAGUUGGCCGACUUUGGUGUCGCUGCCCAAUUGACCAACAUCAAGUCCCAGAGGAACACUUUCGUCGGAACCCCUUUCUGGAUGGCACCCGAGGUCAUCCAGCAGGACGGUUAUAGCUUCAAGGCAGACAUCUGGUCACUUGGUAUUACCGCUAUGGAAAUGGCCAACGGCGAGCCUCCUCUGGCCCACAUCCACCCGAUGAAGGUUCUUUUCCACAUUCCCAAGAACUCUCCUCCCCGUCUGGAGGGUGCCUUCAGCAAAGACUUCAAGGACUUCGUGGCGCAGUGUCUCGUCAAGGAUUCCGACCGCAGACCAUCCGCAAAAGAUCUCCUUCGUCACCGCUUCAUCAGGUCUGCCGGCAAGAUGGAGGCUCUUCAGGAGCUGAUUGCGCGCAAGCAAAUGUGGGACGCAAACCAGAACCGAAAGUCGCAUACCAUCUUCUACCAGGAAACACUUAACACCAUCUCUGCUAAGGACGACUCAGAUGAGUGGGUGUUUGACACGGUCAAGUCGAUGGCGCCUAGGCGGCCGACUGUUCGGUCUCGGAAGCCGUCCUACUUUGCGGCGGAGGAGGCCAUGCGCCGCCUCGACCUCAAGGACGCUCCGCUCGGCCCUUCGUCUCCCGCUUCCGGUACAGUGCGCCGGUCGACUGUGCGCCGCCAGCCCUCAAGUCGUCAAGCGUCUGCCACACAGAUCCAAGCCAACGGGUCGCCUCGUUCUACCGUCGCGAGAAGACCGCUCCAGCCAGACAUGUCGUACGGCAACUCUGGUUCUUCCGUACGACUGUUCCGCCGGGUGCCCUCAAACGGCUCCGUCACUGAUCCGACGGAUUUCUCUGAGUCGGGUGACACCGCUGUUGGGGACGAGAACAGAGCACCGAUGAGAGGCGCAUGCGUGGAGCCAAACAGCAAAGAGGGCAUGCUGGGUCGGCGGCUGUUCAAUAAGGCCAUCGACCCGACACUCGCAGAGCUGCACGCGCAAACGUCGGGUUUGCAGAAGCGGGAGGCAUUGGCCAAGCUCACUGAUGCAUUUGCUCUCCUGGACUCAGUCGACCCCGAAGGAGCCUACCACGUGAUGCGUAACUUGAUGUCGGCAGUCUCUCAAGACUCAAAGCUGAACACGGCAUUGAUUCCUCAGCAGUCGAUCAAGAUUCCAUCGGAUGGCACACCGCAGGGCACCGUCAUCAUCAAGAGCGCUGCAGCAACACCGUCAUCUGGUGGUAGCCCAAACAAGUUGGUGCUUGCGUCGAACAACCCGCAUUUGAAGAGCCAUAGGAGGCGCAACGGCUCGUUUGCAACGCCCGAGUCGACCGAAAAGGAGAAAGAAAGAGAGAAGGCAGCCAUGGAGGCCAAAUACCCUGGUCGCCCAGCCCGACCAGGCAUGGAGCACUGCAACCAACUUUCAGACGUGCUCUACGGCAGGUGGACUGAAGGUUUGAGAAUCAGAUGGCCAGCUGUCUAA